AUGGCGCCGCCCAAACCGGACACGCAGAGCGUCGUGCUCAUCCUCGGCGGCACAACGACCGUCGCGCGCGCUCUCGCGACGUAUCUUCUUGAGGGGGACGAGCCGCGGGCCCAGUUCGUCCGCCUAGCCGACCGCUUCUCCGUCAACCCGCCAACGACGUACAUUGACAAGCCGUUCCUCGAGCUAUUGAAGGACCCCGCCGGGCGGCUCGAGUACCGCCAAGUCAACCUCGGCAACGUCGAGCGCCAUGCCGAGCUGUUCACUCCGCCUCUGGAGCGCGCGGGGGCCGAGACGGGGUGGACGCAUUUCGAUCUCGUGUUUGACUUGACUGGCGAGAUGGGGUUCGAUAAGCCGGAACUGCUCUUCAUCACAAACACGUACCAGCUCGCCCUCUCGCUCGCGACCUCGGCGUCCAAGCUCCCGCCCGAGCGCCAACCAAGCGCGUACGUGCGCCUCCAGCAGCCGUUCUACGACAUGAAGUCGCUCGCUGGUGCGGGGCAUGCCGAAAGCGACAAGCUCAAGCCUGACGGCGUGCGCGGGCGCUGGUGGCAUGAGACGCUGCGCGGCAUCGCGCAGAUCCCGCACCUCAACUUUGGCGUCGUGCGCUCCGCCGCGUGGUACGGGCCCGGGGUGUGGGAUACCGAGGUCGUGCCGCGCUUGGUGGUCGGGCACGUGUAUUCUUAUCUUGGCGAAGAGAUGAAGUUCUUGUACAAUGCCGACCUCCGGAUCAACACGGUCCACGCCGUCGAUAUUGCCCAGGCCCUCUACCUCACCGGCUUGUGGCUCGCCGCCACGCCGCGAGACCAGGCGCUCAAGGAGGCCGGCGCGCCGCUCCCGUUCCCCUUCAACCCCCCGCCGGCGUCGGCCUUCUCGCUCAACUCGCACAAGCGCACGUCGUCCUUCACCGACACGUGGAAGACGGUCAAGACGGUCGUGCCCGAGGGCGAGCAGGUCACGGCUCCACUGUUCAACGUCACUGAUGACGAGGAUUCGACGCAGGGAAGCCUCGCCAAGGCAGUCGCCGCCGUCUGGGGUGUCAACUUUGGGUUCCUGAGCUCGACAGUAGCGACCCUCGUUCAGCAAUUUGCCAAGACCGACUUUAAUGAGAUGGUCGAGGAUGUCAAUGAGAAGCACGUCGAGGCAUGGUCGCAAAUGCUAGCCAAGUCGGACCCGCCUAUCGAGUCUACGCCGAUCUCGCCGUUCCUUGACGCUCACGCAUUCCGAAAAAUGGCAAUCCACUUGGAUGGCUCGAAAGCGCGACGCGUUUUAGGUUACAAGCCUGCGAGGCCGCGGGUGCAGGUCGACGAAUUAAAGACAAUUGCCCAGGGGUUCCAAAAGGACAACAUUUGGCCGACACUGUCUUAGAGAGAGGGGGGCUUUACUGCGCGCGCAUUCAUCUGCAUGAGAGAGAGUAGAGAUCUGGAGGUAGUGGGU